AAAAAAAAAAAGUCCAGCCAAAGUUUCCGGUCCGGAGAGGCGAGUAGAGCUGUAAGAUUUGGUGUUAUAAGUUGUUAAUUUUACAGAAUGUGACUUUUAACCUUUUAAUAAUUUGAGUGUGUGUUUAUAGGAUCAGUUUAUAUUCUUUAACAUUCAACAUUUUAUUUGUAAAUACACUUUAAAUGAUUUUAUAUCGGUACGAUGACGAUGACGUCCACAGAGCCGGACAUUGAGCUGCAGAAGGUGUGUGCUGCAGCCGAGACUCCGUAUAAGGAGACGUCUCCGGACUCCAAGUGUCCGAUCUGUCUGGACCGCUUCAGAAACGUGUCUUAUGCGGACAAAUGUUUCCACCGCUUCUGUUUCCGCUGCAUCCUGGAGUGGGGCAAGAACAAAGCCGAGUGUCCGCUGUGCAAGCAGCCCUUCGGCUCCGUGUACCACUCGGUCCGGUCCGAGCACGACUUCAAAGUGUACGAGCUGCGUCCGGCCGAGAACGGCUCCUUCGGCAGCAUGCAGGGUCAGAGGUUCCGUUAUCGGACCACGCUAACACAUGAACGCCGCAGGGCAGGACGGAUGCAGGGGAGCUCUCGCCAACAGGAAGUGGUGCGUUUCAGGCGCUGGCUGUAUCAGUGUGACGUGCGGGUGCACGGCGUGCGUGAUGGAGGUCGUUCCCGCGACACGUCCGCCGAAUUCUUCCGUAAAAAUCCGGCGUGUCUGCACCGACUGGUUCCGUGGUUGAAGCGGGAGCUGGCAGUGCUUUACGGAUCACAUGACUCGGUUGCUGAUGUCGUCCUUCACGUGAUAUUGUCUCUGAUCACACGUCACGAUAUACAAGAUGAGGCCUUCCUGCAGGAACUCCGCCCCUUCCUCUCAUCAAGAACCGAGCACUUCUUGCAUGAGUUCCUAAGUUUUGCAAGGUCACCAUUCAACAUGGAAGCGUAUGAUCGCCACGCUGUCUACGACUGCCCCGCCCCCUCUCACCUUUCUGCUGUUUCUGAGGAUGAUGGAGACCUUAGCUCUGCACCUUCACCCUGGGAUGAUGAAACUCCAGGUCCAAGCUAUUCCAGUGCCACAAACAGUGUGUUCACUGUAACCAUUAGUGAUUUGGAUGCAGACAGUGCAAGUGAAGAGGAAGACGCAGCAGAAUCUAUUAGCGUUAAUGCUACCAGUAAUCUCACUAACUCUCGAGCGGACGAGAAUGAUUACAGCAGCGAUGGUGACUGUGUCAUUGUAGGCUUCAUCAAACCCACUGCCCAGCGGACUCCUGAGCUUGUCCAGCUGUCUUCUGAUUCUGAAGCGUCAGUGCAGGAAGCUCCAGAACCAUCAACCUCCAACCAGUCAGACCCCAGAGAUCUGACUAAUCGGAGAAGCCGGAAUAGAGACGCUCUCUCCCACUCUGCUACAAAACAAAGCUGCAACAGAAGAUACAGAAGCAGGGAGAGGAGUAGGGAAAGUUAUUGUUUUAAACAGAGACGGCGCUCUCACUCGCUCAGCUAUAAGGACAGAAGAAAAAGAAGCAAAGCAACCAAUCACUGUUCUCGGUCCCACACAUCCCGACACAGACACAGCAGAUACACGAACACACACUACAGCCGAGACACACCACAACCAUCAUGUACACACUCACGAUCUAAAACUCAUUCACACUCAAGGUCAAGAACACUUCUAUUGUCAUGGUGUAGUGCUCGUGCUCGCUCGAGGUCCAGGAGUCGUGCUCGCUCGAGGUCCAGGAGUCGUGCUCGCUCGAGGUCCAGGAGUCGUGCUCGCUCGAGGUCCAGGAGUCGUGCUCGCUCGAGGUCCAGGAGUCGUGCUCGCUCGAGGUCCAGGAGUCGUGCUCGCUCGAGGUCCAGGAGUCGUGUACACACCUACAGUGGAAGUUGGAGAACACAGUCUUCUCUCCGGUACAGGAAACGAUCUGAGUCCCUCUCUGUAAGCCCCGCCCCUUCCUCGCACAGGAGGUCAAGCCAUGACAAAGCCUGUGGAAAGCGGAAACAUAAAUCCCUGCAUGGGGAGAGAAGGAAGAGGAGCAAAGACAAGCAUCAUCAUCCUAAAAAGAAGAAGAAGUGGAGGAGGAGGCAGAGCUCCAGCAUGGAGGUUGGUGCUGAGCGUAGGAAGCAUCAUAAGAAGAAGAAAAAACACAAGACAGAGAGGAAGAAUCGGAGUGAGAGGAUGGGGCGGAGCUCAGAGUUGAGAUCACAUGCUGUCAUCACUAUCCACACUGACACACAGCCUGCUAAGGUGGGCACACCCCCAAGACAUGCUGCAACAACAAACACAGAGCCUCUGGGUUCCUUCCACAGAACACCAGCUUCCUGCCCAACGUCUCAUAACUGCACAGCUUUGAACCCUGCACCAGAUGAAACUUUCCUGAAUGAUGCUCCAACACUUGCCACAUCGUCACACGCUCCGAAUAAUUCCAGUCGAAACUCGGACGUUUCCACACCUCCACCGUGAAGCAAAGACUCUCUCCUCCAUCAACUGCAGAUUCUUUAUGAUCGUCUCGGACAGAUUCGGUGCAUUAAAUCAUAUAAACUGUGACAAAACAAUCCAGAUCAAAGAGACGUUUUAUAUGAUAAUUCAUUAUCCUAAUGACAUCAUGUAUUUUCUGUUGUUUCUAUAGAGACAACAAACCACUCUCCUGUGUUCUUCGCUUCAUCACCACAUGAGGGUUUGAGCAUUUCCAUGCUCCUGAAAUUAAGUCAGAUGUAGCGAUUAUUUUUCAGACUGCCUGUAAAUAUUAAAGAUAAUUUAAAAUUUAGAGCUUUUAUUGUCGUGUGAUUGCAGAGUCUGACCACAAGAGGGAGACAUUCUGCUGCAGUUUAUUACAAAGCUACACCAACAGAGAAAAACAGUGAUAAUGACAUUUAACACAAAAGAUCUGUUAGGAGGAGAAAUAAACCACAUCUGGACUCAAGGAUUUCGUCAUAGCUCUUCAUAUAGUUUAUAUUUUUCUUCAUUUGAGUAUUAUGAAGGUUAUUGUUUAUGAAAAGUACCUGAUGAUGAAGUUAAAGAAAUCAAGGUUAGAUUACUGAGUUCAAUAAUUUCUCAUCGGACCAGAUCAGAUUCUGAUGUGAAACACACUGACAUCAGACAGAGGUGAACUACAGAUCACUACAGAUCACACUGUCCAAAAAUAUUAAAAAUAUAAAUGUAUAUAAACUCCUAAUAUCCCUAAACCUUUCUUUAUAAAAAUAGUAAUUAAGAAUAUGAUGGUUUGGGCUCUGAGGUCCUGAUAAUGAACGUGUGGGCUAGAAAAUAUAUGAUAUAAUGCAAGAUGAUGAUGAUGAUGAUGAUAAUAAUAGUAAUAAUAAGUCA